GCAAUAUUCGCCUUUAGUGGUACUUCGCGCUUCUUUCUUGCUGGUUCGUUCGUUUGAUCAGCUAAACGACAACACGACGCGGCAAACACGACCACGUAAACAGCACGUCCCAGCGACGGCGGCACACAUAGAUAGACAGAACGAAAAACCAAACAAUAAUCAGCCGGCUAACGAAACGACGACGGCAAUUGCAAACGCGGUGCAACAGUAGUAAAUACUCCAAAAUGUGGUUAGUUGAUGUGGCGUGUUUUUUAAUUUGACGACGGUGAAUUUUUAUAAACAAUAAAGCUGUUUACGAGCGCCUGACUGCGCAUACGCAUGUUUUUAUCCUUAAAAACUGCAAACAAUAACAAAAUUGUAGGGCAUAUGAAGAUCAUUUGUCAACUAUUUGCUUGCCAAAGUGUUCCUGGAAGUUACUAAAAAAGAAAUUGCAAUAAAAAAUAUAAAGAAAAAAAAAACGUCGGACGAAAAUUAAGCAAUAAAUCAUAAAGACUUCUGCUAAAACUACGUAAUAUAACAACGCAACAAAAACAGUAAUACAACAAAGAGCUAAGCAUGCCUAAUUGCGGUGGAAAGGUCAUAUGCGCAGACGCAACUACUGCGCAAGCGUAGAGGCUGAACAACAACAACUACAUGCGUGCGUUUAGUGGCUAAUAUUUUGUUUUGGUUGACAAUGCGUGGCGUAAAGGUAAAUGCAAUAAGAAGGCACAAGAGAGAGGACACAUGCUUGAUGUUUUUAGUAUUGCACAAAAUAUUGUAAAAUAUGGUGCUGACUUUUGGAAACAAGUUUAAAAAACAUUAAAAUAAUAUGCUAUAUAGAUAUAAUUUAAAAUAGAUAUUUUACAGAGAUAAAAAAUAUAAACAAAACAAUUUAAAAAUACACAAAGAAACAUAUCUUUAAAAAGUAUAAGAAAUAUAAACAAAACUAAUAAAAAAUUUGCAAAAAAACAUAUUUUUAAAAAGUAUAAAAAAAAAAUAUUUAUAUACAAAAUAGUGUCAUAAUUUACUGAGUGCGAAAAUUACUUCAAAAAUAUUAUUACAACAACAGCAAAAGCCGUAACGUCAACCAAAAAUUGGCAGCGUUACAUAUUCGGAUAACUUUUCGGGUAGCUUAACUUAAUUUCCUCCUGCAUUCAAUAUAAGAUCUUUUCAGCAACAAUAACAACAAAACACAAUCUAUCAAAAUGAUGAAUCAGGAUAAUCCUUAUGCGAUGAAUCAGACGUGCAAGGUCUGUGGAGAGCCGGCAGCGGGUUUUCAUUUCGGCGCUUUUACUUGCGAGGGUUGUAAGUCUUUUUUCGGCCGCUCCUACAACAAUCUCUCUUCCAUCAGCGAUUGCAAAAAUAACGGUGAAUGUAUCAUCAACAAGAAGAAUCGCACCGCAUGCAAAGCUUGCCGACUACGCAAAUGCCUGCUCGUCGGCAUGUCGAAGAGUGGCUCACGCUAUGGACGACGCUCGAAUUGGUUCAAGAUACAUUGUCUCCUACAAGAGCAGCAGCAGCAAGCAGCGGCAGCAAUGGCAGCACAUCAUAACAAUCAGCAACAAGCGGCAGUUGCAGCCGCCCACGCAGCGGCACAACAUGGCGGACCACCCCUUAUGCCAGGGCAGAAACCGCCGGCGCCGCACGGCAUGUCGCCGCAUGGACCGCCCAACAGCGCUGCAGCAGCUGCCGCACUUGGCAUGCUGGGCCAUGCAGGCGCCUACCCGGGACUCUAUCCGCCGCGUACAAAGGAGGAAUUGCUCAUGUUGGGACUUGAAGAGUACGCUGCUGCAGCAGCUGCUGCCAAACAUCCUGCCACAGCAUCACCAGCCGUCAGCUCACCCGAUUCGCACAAUUCAGAUAACUCAUUAGAAAUGAGUACGCGCGGUAGCGCUAGUGCCAAUGCGCUGCUACACUUGAGCGCUAAACAUGCCGCCGAAGCGGGCGGUGCGUCGGCGACAGCGCCACCACCACCACAAUUACGCAAAGACUUGCCACAUUUCCUGCCGCUGCCGUUCCCCGGACUCGGUUCAAUGCCAGUCAUGCCACCACCCGCCUUUCUUCCGCCGUCGCACUUGCUCUUUCCCGGCUAUCAUCCAGCGUUGUACUCGCAUCAUCAAGGGCUGCUCAAAACUUCAGCGGAGCACCAACAACAGGCCGCUGCGGCUGCUGCCGCUGUGCAUCAACUAUUCAAUUCCAAUAAUGUGGCGCAAAAUCGUUUUCCACCCGCGAUGCAAGCGGCCAACUCACCAUUGGCAGCUUCUGCUACUGUGCCGCAUAGUAAUAAGCUGGAUGCUUGUAAAGAUACGGAGCGUAUAGCGCAAAGUCCGAAGUGUGGUGAUACGCUCAACAACAAUCAUAUACCCAAUGGCAGCAAGGCGGCGGAGGAGCUGACGAAGCGUUUUUACUUAGACGCGGUGCUUAAGUCGCAGCGAAAUAGUCCGCCGCCGACAACAACGAAAUUGCCCGAACAUCCGAAGCACGAUCACUCCAUCUCCGCUUUGGUGACGCCCAAUUCAGAGAGCGGCCGCGAGCGUUUGCGUAGUCGGCAAAGCAACGACGACGACGAGGAAUGUGACGCAGUGCGACAUUCCACAACUGCUGUUAGUAACGCGCACGCGCUUGUAGGCAAUGGUGGUGACAGUGGCGAGCGCACGGCCAAGGCGCAAAGCGAUAACGAUGAAGAUGACGAUGAGGAACUGGUCGUGUCAAUGACGCCACCGCAUUCGCCUGUGAAUAUUCGCGCGCUCAACAGCGGAGCGGAUAAUGGUACCACUAUGUCUAAUACAGACAGUACUACCAACAACAACCCCACGCCCGCCGCUACACAAACGCCAGCUGUGGCGCCUCUACCGACCGUCUCACCCACAGCGACGAAGCCGUCACAGCAACAGGACAAUCCAAUUGAUUUGAGCAUGAAAACUUGCAGUUCAGUGGCGAGCAGCUCACUAAGCAGCAAAUGCAGCUCAACUGGCUCGGUGCAAGCAACUGACAGCGACAAUGAAAUUGAGUGUAUAGUGGAGCAGGAACAACAGAAGAAUUGUCGGCAACGCAGCAAAAAUGCCGAAGUGCAAAUACAAAACUUUAAGCCGCUUGCGGAGUGCGCGGAAGAAGAGUUACUCCAGGUGGACAUUGACGGCCUGGAUAAACCAAUUGACACAAGGCCACUUAAGUUAUGCGACAGCAACAAAAACAACAAUAAUAAUAAUGACAACAACAACGUUAACAAUAACAGCAGCAAAAGCAAUAAUAGCAACAACAACAAUAAUAACAACAAUAACAAUUCCACGCAUCUCAUCAACUCAAGCGAUAGCGAUGACAGCGUUCUGCAAUUGGACGUUGUGAAGCGUAAAUUACAUCCCGUUAGUAGUAAGUCGUCAGAAAGUGAAGUGCUGAGCGCCAAGCGUCUGAAGUUGAGCGCUGCGGCCACGGCAGUGGAGUGCGCUGCCAAUAUAAAAGCGGGUGUAGUCGAUUGUGUAGACGCAGCGUCUAAGGCAAUAAGUGGCAUGCCAGCAAGUGCAGCGCCACCAACAACAACACCACUGGAUUUAACCACAAAGAUUUAGGUUUUCGGCUUCUAUAAAAAUACAAUAUUUUUUAAAUAAUUUUAAUUUUUUAAUUGUUGUAGAAAAUUUAUAAACUUUUGUUUUAAAACUUUUUAUUAAAAAUAUUCUCGAGAUCACUGAUCAGUUUCUGCACACUUUUCACUUUACUAUAACUAGAUAUUUCAUUUUUGACUUAGAAAUAUUUCUUUUUAACAUCUAAUAAUUCCUGAAAAUUUUUUUUAGUCAUAUGUUGAAUAUUAAAAGUCGUCUAACGAUCACUGAUCUACCGGCAAAGUUUCGAAAUUCUGUAUAAUUUUUCUUGCAAAAGCUAACACCAAUUAGCAGUAAAUUAUCACAUCUUUUCUUCAGACGAUCUUGUGAUCCUACCGUUCAGAACUCAACGAUUACUGCACAUAUAGAUUGUGGACAUAUCCUUUAGAUGAUUAUGUGAUUGUUGAAAAAUGAUAAUCUUAAUGGUCGAUUGCUCUCGAUACUUGCGGUAUUAUAAAGUUACAAAACCAUUUCCCCAACUGUCACUUCAAAUUCAUUAUUCACCUUACUGCAUUCAGUAUUUGUUUAGAAGCGAUCAUCUGUGAUCUCCCACCAAGUGAUUUUCUAAAACGAAAUUGAAACAAAAAUCAUUAUAAAUUAUGGCUAUGUGCUUGUAAAUAUCAUCAGCUGCUAAAAAUACCACAGUCAAGCGCUAAAGUACCGCAAGCGCAUACUAAAACGGGUUCAGUUAUCGAAAGCUUGGUUCAAACAUUCCAUACAUACAAACACACAAGCCAGGGUAAUUAACGAAUUUUUCGGUCAUGUUAUCACUUCAUUGCCAUUAAAAUAAAGAUAUAUUGAAUAUCAACCGAAAAUUGCGAAAUAAGAUAAAAAGAAAUUUGCUUACAAAUAGCCAAAGCACAGCAGUGCCGAGCAAAUGGCGAGCCAAUGGUGAUUUGCAUGCAAUUUUAGCUAAGCGCACAGCAGGCGGGCCAAUCAGUUGGCAGCGCUUCAGCUAGCUGGAGUAUUUGGUCGGGCGCGCAUGUUAUUAUUGAGCUGUGUAACUGCACCGUUUUGUUGGAAUUAAUUUGUGAGUGUAAAUAAAUAUGUAUACAAAAAAUAUAUUUAUGUAAUAUUCUACUGAAAUUUUCUAUAAUUUGCUGAUUUUAUAUUGCUGCUCCAUUCGUUUGGCGCUAAUGUCACUGCUGUUAUAAUUCCUGAUUUUAUGGCAUAACAAAAUAAUAAAUUAUUUAUGGCGUUCGCAAUAAAUAAAAACUCUUAAUGCUAUUUUGCAAAGCAGUUGACUUUUUACGUUGACAAAAGCAGCAGCUGAAGUGGUGAUAAAAUAGUCACAAAAAUAUUUCAGGCAGUUUACUAAGCAGUUUAUUGAGUAGUGACAAAUACUUUUGGUCCAACAAAUGUGUCAUAAAUGUAUUUAUAUAGGAAUGACACAAAAAUACGAAUGGCCAAUUAGAUGGCGCACCACAAGAGAAUUAAAAUGGAGCAUAUUAGCUUAACAUCUUACCACUAAAAUUGAAAUAGAUUGUGGAAAAAUGCUAGAAUUCAGGUGAAUGCUAAUAAUUUGGAAUGUUUGAAAAUUAUUGCUGUCUUGGUUCUCACUCGUUAGCAGUUUAAUGAGACUAUUUAAUACAUUUAUGUACUUAUGUAUCUGCUUAGCCGGCGUGGCGUAUGAGUGUUCUAUGAAAAAUAUACUUCAGAUUAAUUAUAUUUAAUAAAGAUAAUCUCACAUUCCCAAAUAUAUUAAUACAGGCGGCAGAUUUUUGUAUGUUGCCAGAUGUUACUGAAAUUCCUUUUUGAAAACCUUUAACAUAUUUUUCCGUCUCUUAUGGUUAUUUAAGACAAGAAGGCCAAAUUUUCGUUAUUACAUAUUAAAAUUUUCUGAAGUAUCGGUAAUUGAUGUUUUCAAAACUAGAGAAUGUUAAAUAAGUACCUAGAAAAUUUUUAUCAAUAAUUCGUGGCAAAUUUUGGAAUACGUUUAACAAAUGUUUAAACUUGCUUAAACAUUUCUAAUACAUUCAAGAAAAUAUUUAAAAAAGUUUAAAAACAUUUAGACAAUUUUAAAAUAUUUUUUUUUUACAUUUUUUUUUUUUUAAUUUAAAAAACUUUUUAAAAAAAUUUA